AUCCUGAGUGACACUAUAAAAAGAUGAAAACCAUGGCUUCAGCUGGCUUGAUAGUUGGCACUCUGGGCACGAGGGAGCAGCAAGACUAUGUCUCCUAAGAAAGCAAAAAAGAAGGCAGAUGGAGGUUCAAAUGUUUUCUCCAUGUUCGAUCAAAGUCAAAUACAGGAAUUUAAGGAGGCCUUCACCAUUAUGGACCAGAACAGAGAUGGCUUCAUUGAUAAAGGAGACCUGAGAGACACAUUCGCUGCUCUGGGGAGGAUCAAUGUGAAAUCUGAAGAGCUUGAUGACAUGGUUAAGGAAGCACCAGGGCCUAUCAACUUCACUAUCUUUCUUACAAUGUUUGGAGAAAAACUGAAAGGCACAGACCCAGAAGAAACUAUUCUAAAUGCUUUCAAGAUUUUUGAUCCUGAUGCAAAAGGCCAUAUAAAAGCAGAUUACAUCAGGGAAAUGCUAACAACUCAAGCGGACAGAUUCAGCCAAGAAGAGAUCAGCCAGAUGUUCCAUGCCUUCCCCCCAGAUGUUGCUGGGAACUUGGAUUACAAGAAUCUAUGUUAUGUUAUCACCCAUGGUGAAGAGAAGGACCAGGAGUAAGAUGACACAAUUAAAGACAGAGCUUCUACAACGGGAACAACAUUUCAACAUGUUGCCUAAUUUACUGUGAUGAUCAAAGUGCCUAAAUUGUUUUUAACUGUCUCAGUAAUAAAAACAACUAUUCACUGCCA